CUUUGAGAGUACCACCGAGAGCACCACAAGCAACCAUGACAACAAACACUGAACGAGACGCGUUUGGCCGACUUCCUGAGGAGCUCAGGAUUAAGAUUAUCAAACUCUCACCAGACCCCUUGUCACUACAGAACUUGGCCCACGCGUCGCCCGCUAUGGGCAGAGUGCUCGACAAAUACGCGCUCGAAAUUGUGGAGGUGGUCCUAGACGUUACCGUUCCCGUGCAAACUCGUCGGCUGAUGGGCGCGGUUCUCAAAGCUCGGUUUUCGCGCUUUCCAGCAUCCCUGUCCGAGGCUCAAAAGGUGGCUAAAACUGACUCGACUGUGGCCACCGACGAAAUGCGUUCAAGCGGAACGGACCGAGCCGCCGCAGCAGUAUGGUCUUUGCUCGCCACCGCUGAGAUUGUCCAUGCCUGGUCCUAUGCCUGCCUCGAACAUUUGGUACGAAAAUCAAUGGAGCUGCGGCCCUCUACGCUUAUUAAGAAAGGGCCUGGCCGCACAUCUCGGGAACAGUUUGAAAACGCUGAGAGUCGUAAAGACUAUCUGCCACAGUGUACCGGCCUGCCUUCGUGGGUGGAGGAGCAGCGGAUGAUUAAGUCAUUCUGGCGACUACAGUUCUUCCUGGAACUCCAGGGCGCUAGUAACAAAGGCCGCCUAGGCACCUGUUGGCUGGGACAAGAAGUUGAAGCUUUGUCUAAGAGCAGCCCGGAUGGCUUUUACAACAUGUUUAGCUUUGAGCAGGAGCAGACCUUAACCGCCUGCGAUUUUCUUGGCGCAGUCACCUCUGGGGCUAUUAAUUUAGUGGCAGCUGUUCACAACAACGCUUAUAGGUUGCCAACAAUACGUUGGAUCGAAGGGGCAGUGCCAAGGUGCUCUUAUGUUGAGCCGCCCUCAUUCAAGCGCAACAAGGACAAUUUCUUUCAGGGACCAGAAAACCUCGACGCAAACCAAAUGUCAUACCAUUUUCAACGCUUCAUGUCCAGCUGCGAUCAAUAUGAGGAUGCGGGCUCGGUUCUGCUCGCGUUCCCCUUUCAGCCCUGGCGCAAAUACGGGUUCGCUAUAUGGGACGGCAAGCGCAUGGCCGACUUAGGCAUGCGGGACCCGAAAGGAAAGUCGUUCCUCAGGAAUCGAAUGAAAUACUCUUUUAGAUGGUUCAGCAUAUUAACUGAGGAGGACCUGCGUGACCUGCCUUAGAGCUUGUAUAAUUAAUAGUCGAGCCGUUUUUCCGCAGAGAUUAAGGUCUAGUAUGAUUGACACAAGAUUAAGAUGGGCAAUAGAAAGAGAUGAUCAAUAGAAUGAUAUGAGGAGCCAUCGAAUACGAUGAGCAAUAGAACUCGAGGUUGGGCAUUCUUGAUAGGAGGCAUUCGUGAUAGAGGACAUGGUUCAUGCACGUACGAAGUGGCUAGCUUAGCAACAGCAAGAAAAGACCGGUG